AUGUCGCUGCCCAGAUAUCAGACAAACACUCCUCUGCAUCCCACCUUCAAGGACGACAUCCUCAACACACAUCUUGUUUACGAUUACGACGCCACAGACGCAGAGGGUAACCCUGAAAAAUGGCGCUAUGAAAUAUGGUUUUUCUCCGACGACCGCGUUGUCUACGCCAUUCAUGGAGGUCCCAUGGCCGGCCGAAUCAACUACCAGACCGUCGCCUACCAGUGUGUCCGUCCAGGAGAGCUAUGGCAGAUCAACUGGCUAGAAGAGACUGGAACCAUUGUUUCCCUGGUGUACGACAUCACCAAUAAAACCAUUAGCGGAAUGCUAGGCUUCUCCAAGGGCCAUUGGGAACAUGCGGAGGAUGCCCACGGUGAUAAGCGAAACCCUAAAGAUUUCAAUAGAUGGAAGGAGCUUGCUUCCAUUGGAAAGCAGACAGAGAGGUUUAUCCUGACGGAGCAAGCCAAUAUUAUUGAGGUUUUCAAGGGGCAGGGUGACUUGAAGCCCAUCAACGAGUCGGAUCCGACAUUCUGA